CACAAACCACAACAUAGCGAGAAUUUAGCUUAGCUGCCAGCAACACUAAAGUUAAUUUCUCAGACAGCAUGACGCCGUUGAGGUGAACAUAGCGAGAUAAAACACAGCUACAUACUCAGAUAGGCUCCCGGACGUGGGAAGCUUCCCCGCCGCGAUGUACGCCGUGUACCGACAGGCCCACACUCCCACCGCAGUGGAGUUCUCUGUCUACUGCAACUUCAUCUCCAGCAAGGAGAAGAACCUGGUGGUGGCGGGAACGUCUCAGCUCUUCGUCUACAGGAUCAUCCACGAUGUGGAGAGCACGUCAAAGGCGGACAAGUCAUCCGACUCCAAAGCCCGGAAAGAGAAGCUGGAGCAGGUGGCGUCCUUCUCCCUGUUUGGAAACGUCAUGUCCAUGGCCAGCGUGCAGCUCGUGGGAGCCAGCAGGGAUGCACUGCUGCUCAGCUUUAAGGACGCAAAGCUGUCCGUGGUGGAGUACGACCCCGGCACCCACGACCUGAAGACGCUGUCCCUUCAUUACUUCGAGGAGCCCGAGCUCAGAGACGGAUUCGUGCAGAACGUGCACAUCCCCAUCGUGCGGGUGGACCCGGAGAACCGCUGCGCCGUCAUGCUGGUCUACGGCACCAAGCUGGUGGUGCUGCCCUUCAGGAAGGACACGCUGACCGAUGAGCAGGAGGGCGGCGUUGGAGAAGGGCCCAAGUCCAGCUUCCUGCCCAGCUACAUCAUCGACGUCCGCGAGCUGGACGAGAAGCUGCUGAACAUCAUCGACAUGAAGUUCCUGCACGGCUACUAUGAGCCCACACUGCUCAUCCUGUUCGAGCCCAACCAGACGUGGCCGGGGCGUGUAGCCGUUCGUCAGGACACCUGCAGCAUCGUGGCCAUCUCCCUCAACAUCAUGCAGAAGGUCCACCCCGUCAUCUGGUCCCUCAGCAACCUGCCCUUCGACUGCACGCAGGUCAUGGCUGUUCCCAAACCCAUCGGUGGCGUCGUGGUGUUCGCAGUCAACUCCCUGCUAUACCUGAACCAGAGCGUCCCGCCGUACGGCGUCUCCCUCAACUCGCAGACCACCGGGACCACGGCCUUCCCCCUGCGCGUCCAGGACGAGGUGAAGAUCACCCUCGACUGCUCGCAGUCCGACUUCAUCGCCUACGACAAGAUGGUGAUCUCCCUGAAAGGAGGAGAGAUCUACGUGCUGACCCUGAUCACGGACGGCAUGAGGAGCGUGCGAGCGUUUCACUUCGACAAGGCGGCCGCCAGCGUCCUGACCACCUGCAUGGUGACCAUGGAGCCUGGUUACCUCUUCCUGGGCUCCCGCCUGGGAAACUCUCUGCUCCUCAAGUACACGGAGAAGCCUCAGGAGACGCAGGCGGAUGAAGACAAAGACAAGCAGGAGAAGGAGAAAGACAAGCAGGAGGAGCCGCCCAACAAGAAGAAGAGAGUGGAAACGUCCAGCAACUGGACCGACGAGGUGGACGAGAUCGAGGUGUACGGGAGCGAGGCCCAGUCAGGCACUCAGCUGGCCACCUACUCCUUCGAGGUGUGUGACAGCGUGCUGAACAUCGGACCGUGUGCCAACGCCUCCAUGGGCGAACCGGCCUUCCUGUCCGAGGAGUUUCAGAGCAGCCCGGAGCCGGACCUGGAGGUGGUGGUGUGUUCGGGCUACGGGAAGAACGGCGCUCUGUCCGUGCUGCAGAGGAGCAUCCGACCGCAAGUCGUCACCACGUUCGAGCUGCCGGGCUGCCACGACAUGUGGACCGUCAUCUCGGCAGAAGUCAAGGAAGACAAAAAGGCCGCCAAGGGAGAGCAGUCCGAGGACGGGGGAGACGCCGAGACCGGAGAGGACGGAGAUGAGGCCGACAAGGAGAAGGACAAGGACAAGGAGGAGGAGACGGAGAAGGAGAAGAAAGACAAGGAGGAGGCGGAGGAGGAAGAGAGGGGGGAGGAGGAGGAGGAGAAGAAGACGAAGGAGAAGGCGGAGCCUCCCCUGGAGGACGACGCCAAGAAGCACGGCUUCCUCAUUCUGAGCCGAGAGGAUUCCACCAUGAUCCUGCAGACGGGCCAGGAGAUCAUGGAGUUGGACACCAGCGGUUUCGCCACUCAGGGACCCACGGUGUUCGCUGGGAACAUCGGAGACAACAAGUACAUCAUCCAGGUCUCGCCCAUGGGCCUGCGACUCCUGGAAGGAGUGAAGCAGCUCCACUUCAUCCCCGUGGACCUGGGAUCCCCCAUAGUGCACUGCUCCGUAGCCGACCCUUACGUGGUCAUCAUGACCGCGGAGGGCGUGGUCACCAUGUUUGCGCUGAAGACCGACUCGUACAUGGGGAAGACGCACCGCCUGGCUCUGCAGAAGCCCCAGAUUCCCACGCAAUCCCGUGUGAUCACGCUGUGCGCGUACCGAGACGUUAGCGGGAUGUUCACCACCGAGAACAAAGUCAGCUGCUCCGUGAGAGAGGACGCCGUCAUCCGGAGCCACUCCGAGGCCGAGACCAUCAUCCAGGACCUCAGCAACACGGUGGAUGACGAGGAGGAGAUGCUGUACGGAGACUCCAACGCCGGCACGGCGGCCUCGCGAGAGGAGAUGAACCGCGGCUCGGCGGCGGCGGCGCUCUUCGGCGGUGAGGGAGGCGGGGCCAAAGCGGAACCCAGCCACUGGUGCAUGAUCAUCAGGGAGAACGGCGUCAUGGAGAUCUACCAGCUGCCCGACUGGCGCUUGGUGUUCCUGGUGAAGAACUUCCCGGUGGGCCAGCGGGUGCUGGUGGACAGCUCCUCGGGACAGUCCGCCGCUCAGGGGGAGGCCAAGAAGGAAGAGGUGACUCGUCAAGGAGAGAUGCCGCUGGUCAAGGAAGUGUCUCUGGUCUCUCUGGGGAACAACCACAGCCGGCCGUACCUACUGGUGCACGUGGAGCAGGAGCUCCUGAUUUACGAGGCGUUCCCCUACGACCAGCAGCAGCCACAGAACAACCUGAAAGUCCGAUUUAAAAAGGUGCCUCACAACAUCAACUUCCGAGAGAAGAAGUCCAAGUUGAAGAAGGACAAGAGGGCGGAGAGCGGCGCCUCGGAGGAGAACCCCACAACCAAGAGCCGCAUCGCCCGCUUCAGAUACUUCGAGGACAUCUCCGGAUACUCGGGGGUGUUCAUCUGCGGCCCGUCGCCCCACUGGAUGCUGGUCACCUCCCGGGGAGCCAUGAGGCUUCACCCCAUGACCAUCGACGGCUCCAUCGAGUCCUUCUCCCCCUUCCACAACAUCAACUGCCCCAAAGGGUUCCUCUACUUCAACAAGCAGGGUGAGUUGAGGAUCAGCGUCCUGCCCACCUACCUCUCCUACGACGCGCCGUGGCCCGUCAGGAAGAUCCCGCUGAGGUGCACCGUGCACUACGUCACCUACCACGUAGAAUCCAAGGUGUACGCCAUCUGCACCAGUGUGAAGGAGCUGUGCACGCGGAUUCCCAGGAUGACCGGGGAGGAGAAGGAGUUUGAAACCAUCGAGAGAGACGAUCGUUACAUCAACCCUCAGCAGGAGAAGUUCUCCAUCCAGCUCAUCUCUCCUGUGAGCUGGGAGGCCAUCCCCAACGCCCGGAUCGACCUGGAGGAGUGGGAGCACGUGACCUGCAUGAAAACGGUGGCGCUCAGGAGCCAGGAGACGGUGUCCGGCCUGAAGGGCUACGUGGCCGCCGGCACCUGCCUGAUGCAGGGCGAGGAGGUCACCUGCAGGGGGCGGAUCGUGAUCCUGGACGUGAUCGAGGUGGUGCCGGAGCCCGGACAGCCCCUCACCAAGAACAAGUUCAAAGUCCUGUACGAGAAGGAGCAGAAAGGCCCCGUGACGGCGCUGUGCCACUGCAACGGAUACCUGGUGUCUGCCAUCGGACAGAAGAUCUUCCUCUGGGUGCUGAAGGACAACGACCUGACGGGCAUGGCCUUCAUCGACACGCAGCUCUACAUCCACCAGAUGUUCAGCAUCAAGAACUUCAUCCUGGCGGCCGACCUGAUGAAGAGCAUCUCGCUGCUGCGCUACCAGGAGGAGAGCAAGACGCUGUCUCUGGUCAGCAGGGACGCCAAGCCGCUAGAGGUUUACAGCAUCGAGUUCAUGGUGGACAACAACCAGCUGGGAUUCUUAGUGUCGGACCGAGACAAGAACCUCUACGUCUACAUGUAUCUCCCCGAGGCCAAGGAGAGCUUCGGGGGGAUGCGGCUGCUGCGGCGGGCCGACUUCAACGUGGGGGCCAACAUCAACACCUUCUGGAGGAUGCCGUGCAGAGGAGCGCUGGACAGCGGCAGCAAGAAGGCCCUGACCUGGGACAACAAGCACAUCACCUGGUUCGCGACCCUGGACGGCGGGAUGGGCCUCCUCCUGCCCAUGCAGGAGAAGACGUACCGCCGCCUGCUGAUGCUGCAGAACGCCCUCACCACCAUGCUGCCUCACCACGCCGGACUCAACCCCAAAGCCUUCAGGAUGCUGCACAGCGACCGGCGCAGCCUGCAGAACGCCGUGAGGAACAUCCUGGACGGAGAGCUGCUCAACAAGUACCUGUACCUGAGCACCAUGGAGCGCAGCGAGCUGGCCAAGAAGAUCGGGACCACUCAGGACAUCAUCCUGGACGACCUGCUGGACAUCGACCGGGUAACGGCUCACUUCUGA